AUGCAGGUCUACAUCGUGUACAUGGGCCACCUUCCGGAGGACGGGAUGUAUUCACCGGCUUCUGCACACUCCAGUAUAUUGCAGGAAGCGAUUGGAGAGGGCGCCGUUUCCGAUUCCCUUAUCCGAAGUUACAAGAGGAGUUUCAACGGUUUUGCGGCGAGGCUCACAGAAAGUGAGGCCAAGAGAAUAGCCAGCAGAGACGACAUAAUUUCGGUAUUCCCCAGUGGGACUUUCCACCUCCACACGACGGGAUCGUGGGACUUCCUGGGCUUGCAUGAGACUGCAAAGCGAAACCCUUCAAUCGAGAGUGAUAUAAUCAUUGGAGUCCUCGACAGUGGUGUCUGGCCGGAGUCGGAAUCAUUCAGCGACAAAGGUUUUGGUUCUCCUCCCAAGAAGUGGAAGGGUACCUGCCAAGAAGGCGCCAACUUCACCUGCAACAACAAGCUCAUCGGAGCACGAUUCUACACUGAUGACUCGCCUUCUGCAAGGGACUCUUUUGGCCACGGGACGCACACAGCGUCGACAGCAGCUGGUAACUCUGUGAAUGGCGUGAGCUUUUUUGGAUUAGGGAAUGGGACCGCGAGAGGCGGCGUCCCAUCUGCGAGGAUCGCUGUGUACAAGGUGUGCAAUGGCAAAGGAGACUGUGAGAAUGCCAACAUCCUGGCUGGCUUCGAUGAUGCCAUCGCAGAUGGAGUUGACAUCAUCACGGUGUCACUUGGUGGUAAAGGGGCGCAGAGCUUUGACACCGACCCUGUCGCAAUUGGAGGCUUUCACGCAAUGGAGAGAGGGAUCCUCAAGACACAGUCAGCAGGGAACGAUGGGCCAUUUGAGGGAACAGUCUCUAGUGUGGCCCCAUGGCUCUUCACUGUGGCAGCAAGCAGCACAAAUCGAGGGUUCGAGACCACUCUUGAGGACGGGUUUACUUGGCUGACUGUACGUAUAUCGGCUAGAAAACAGUGCUCUCUAAUUAUUCAGUUUUUUUCCCCACUUGGCUGGAAUUCAUGUGGAAAUACCAUAAAUGCGUUUCCAUCUAUGAGCACGAGUGUCCCGAUUGUACAUGGUUUCCAGGUGAAGCUUUCUGCUUGCACGGACGACCUGGCCAGGCAGUGCAACCCCACUUGUUUGGACAGCAAGAAAGUGACUGGAAAAAUUGUGCUCUGUGACACGGAGCUUCCCGAGAAUAUCGAGGAGGCUGCCAGUAAAGGAGCUGCAGGGGUGAUUGCGCAGUGCAACAGCCUGACCCCCUUCCCUGAACCUUUCGUCUCUCCAAUUCCAGGGCUGUGUUUUGUACAGGAUAUCUACGAUUCUUAUGUUGCGCACUUCAACGUUUCAAAAAACCUCACAGGACGGAUACUGAAAUCUAAGGACGUUGAAAACACCAAUCCAUAUCCUAUGGUUGCUUCCUUCUCAUCGCGGGGCCCGAAUAAUAUGGUCGCAGACAUCAUGAAGCCCGACAUAAGUGCCCCGGGGGUGAAUAUCUUGGCUGCCUUUUUGCCUCUCAGCUCACCUUCUUCUUCCCCAUCAGACAAGAGGAGUGUGAAUUAUAAUUUCCUGUCAGGGACCUCCAUGGCUGCCCCUCAUGUUGCUGGUGCAGCAGCAUACAUUAAGUCAUUUCAUCCCGAUUGGUCUCCUUCCGCCAUAAAAUCGGCUAUUAUGACUACCGCUACUGAGAUAUAUCCCCUUUCCGAUCCCAAAGGUCUUGGUUCAGGCCACAUUAAUCCAGUAGGCGCUGUGGAUCCAGGUCUCGUGUAUGAAAUUGAGAAACAGGACUAUCUCAGCUUCCUCUGCAACCUACAGUACAACUUAGGGAGAAUUUCGUCGAAUCGAACCGCCAGUUGUCCCGAAGGAUCGAAGGAAAUGUCGCCAGCGAAGCUCAACUACCCUGCGGUCAUCUUCAGAGUGCCAAACAAGAAGUCUUUUCUUGUAGCCUUGAACAGGACCGUGACGAAUGUGGGUCCCCCGAACUCUAUCUACAAAGUAUUGGUUCCGCAGAUCGACCCACAAUUAGGUGUGAGAAUCGAUGUAUUCCCGCAGGCCCUCCGCUUCAAAUCCAUAGGCGAGAAGCAGACUUUCACGGUCGUAGCUUCAGGAAAACAAGAGAUAAAUGGGGCUGUCGUUCGCACUUCGAUCUUAUGGGCAGAUGGACAGCGCAAGGUGAAAACACCGAUCACCAUAUAUGCGGCGCCACAGUAGCAAUUAUAGCAUCGUCUUCUUAGCGAUUAAAUGUAGGAGAUCUCUAGUAGAUAACAAUAAGCGAAGUAAAGCAUGCAACGAAUAACAUGUGUUCUCAUGCCAUGCCGAAAACAUCUCCCUGUAUUUUGGAGUUGAUCAUUUGUUACAUAUAUUCCUUCAUGAUCGGAUCCCAAAUCAUAUCUCUUGGCAUGGCAAUGCAAUUAAUACUGUCGAUCAU